AUGGCCCUUGACUUGAGAUGGGGUCCAGACCACCCAGAGCAGAUCAAGGCACAAUCACGCAUUACCAAUCGGCUGUUCCACAAGGCUGUAGAUGACGUUGAACGUCUUGUCAUCAUGCGUCUGCUUGAGUUGACUAAGCUGCAAAUGAGUGGACUAGGUUAUAAGCUUCGCACUCAAAUCUCCAAGGCGCUCAAAAGUCGUGUGAAUGCAAUUCGAAACGCCCUUACUCGAUACAACAAAUAUGCUGCUCUCCUAAGCCCUCCCCGCCCCCCAUUACAAUGGGACCAGAUUGUAGAGUAUUCUUUCCUUGCCAAAUUUGACUUGUUACAGGAAACAGAUGGGGAGAUCCAGUCAAAGAUAUGGGCCAACCCAUCUUACCGACACACGUCUACACAAUAUUUUGAGCACCAGCGUGCUAAUGAAGAGAUUCGUCGGCUGAAUGUCGAGGUUGGACAAUUACUCACAAAGAUGCGAGAUGAUGCCAUUGAUUAUCCCCGCACCAUCGCACAACUUCAGUCCAAAGACCCACCCCUUGCAGCCGAACUCCAGCGUCGCUGGACACAGCUUCGGUGCAUCAAUGCACGUCACAUUUGGCACAUGCCGCAGAUUAUGCAGCUUCCUGGUUACAGUGGGCCAAAGAGUCCUGGCACUCGUGUAGGUCGGGUUGAUGUUGCGUGUGCUUAUCCCUAUGAAGCUGUGCCACAUGAACAGGAUAGAGAGGACGGAGAUGGGGAUGACACAGAGCUUGGGCAACAGUUGGAAGAUGUACAAGCUUACAUCGAGGGACUAGAUCAUCACCGUGUGGACUUGGAACUUACAGAAUAG